GGGACGGAGUUUGACAGCAGCUUAACCCGCGACCAGCCCUUCAUCUUCUCCCUGGGCACCGGACAAGUCAUCAAAGGCUGGGAACAAGGCUUGCUCGGGAUGUGCGAAGGCGAGAAAAGAAAGUUAGUCAUCCCUUCAGAGCUCGGUUAUGGAGAUCGGGGAGCACCGCCCAAAAUCCCAGGCGGCGCCACGCUCAUCUUUGAAGUGGAACUGCUGAAGAUUGAGCGCCGCCAAGAACUAUAGCUGCCAGGAAGAGGGGUUCGUGGGGAGGGGGUGCGCACGGACGGACAGGCCGGAGAAGGAACGGGAAACGGGUUUGUCGCUCCUAGAGGGGCCAAAUAAAUAAA